GGCAAAUAAAAAUCUAAGAACCAUUUUAAUAGCUUCUCACAUCUCUCUAUUAUAAUAUCAAACUACUCUUCACCAGCCCUCUUAAUUAUCUAAGAAAGUCUCAAUGGAAAACUCAGCACUAAGCAACUGUGUGAGGCGAACAAAUUUCUCUAAUCAACAGAGAACUAUGCAAGAGGGUCUAGAAGAGAGUAGUUGGACAAUGUACUUUGAAACAGAAGAUGGAUUAGGCCAUUACGAUGAUUCUUCAAUGAUGUCAGACGCUGCUUCUCCUAUGGGUUGUGUCGAAGAAGACACCGCUUCAUCUCCUUCUAACAGAACCGAGGGUUACAGUGGAAUGGAAGACAAUACGAUAGAAGAAAAAACCAUGAACAAUGGUAAGAUUGAGGAGAAAAUAUUGAAUAAAAAUGGGAUAAAGAUUGAAGAAUACUGCGCAGAAUUGAAGAAGAGAGGACUUUGCUUAGUCCCUUUGUCGAUGUUAUCUAACUAUAUUGGUUGAAACUUUGAUUACUCUUUCAAUCAUAUACAUAUUCUUUAUUGUGAUUAUAUAUCUUCCUUUCUCUGAUUAUUUUCUGUAAAUUAUAGAAUGGACUAGUAAAUGUAGUGAAAGUCAAAUCAAGGGUUGCAUCAUGUAUCGCAUGUAUGUAUGUGUAAUGGGUGUAUCAAUGUAUGUAUCAUGUUUCCAUGUGUGUAACAGUGUUAACAUGUUUCCAUGUGUGUAACAGUGUUAACAUGUUUCCAUGUGUGUAACAGUGUUAACAUGUUUCCAUGUGUGUAACAGUGUUUUGGUACAAUCAAGUACAUAUGUAUUUUGGAACGCCUUUGUAAUCCAAUGAUUGAAUGAUCC